UCAGAUUGCAGUGUUGUUUAUUAAAAUAUGAACCCUCUUUUUAUUCUUUCUAUAUAACCUUGCAUUCUUCCAAAUCAAACCUAUUAUUGAUUCUACUCCUUUUCAAGGUCUUCACUUUCCUCAAUCCAUAAGGUGGUUGGAAUUGGAACACUACAAUCAAUUAAUAUUUCUCUCCUAUAUAAUCGACUACUCAACCAGAAGCAAUCAAAUGGAUAGUAUUGAUUGGGGCAAUGAGCUUGAACAAAGCUUGAUAAUGUCUUCCCCAAAUCUCCUCUACAACAACAACAACGACGACAAAAUCGAGAGCUCGAUUCAUCAGAAAACCGAGAAUAUUUUGCCUCAAUGGAAUUCAAUUAGAUCAGGAGCUGGCAGCGGUUGGGCCGUCGCCGUCAAUGAAGGAGCCAUGACGUCGCGGUCCUACAUUGAAUGCGGUAGGCCCUCCGCAUUCAACACCACUCUUCCUCAUCCUCAUCCUCGAGUCGAAAAUGGCAUCAUUAUUAAUAAUGAAUCGAACAUUCUCGAUGCGGCCGCCUCUUUCGAGUCGUCCCUCGACUGCCUCCUCUCCGCAUCCACCGCCACGUCAGCCGAUCACGACGACAUCUUCUCCGAUUGCUGGAAUUUCGCGAAUCCGGAUAAAAUCGUCGCUAAAAAUUCCGAUGAAAUCGGGAGUAAUCAGAAAAGGAAGCUCGAAUUCCGCUCCGAUCGCGGUGAUUUUGAGCCGAAGAAGGCGAGAUUCGAGAAAAAUCCGUCGUCGUCGAACAUCAAUUUCCACUCCGAUCGCGGCGAUUUUGAGCCGAAGAAGGCAAGAUUCGAGAAAAGUCCGACGUCGUCGAACAUCAAUUUCCACUCAGAUCGCGGCGAUUUUGAGUCGAAGAAGGCGAGAUUCGAGAGGAAUUCGUCGUCGGCGAACAUCAAUUUCCAGCAGGCGAGCUCGUCGGCGUCGUCCGGCGGCUGCGACGAGCCGGACACGGAGGCGAUCGCGCAGAUGAAGGAGAUCAUCUACCGCGCGGCGGCGUUCAGGCCGGUGGAUUUCGGCGCGGAGGCGGCGGAGAAGCCGAGGAGGAAGAACGUGAGGGUGUCGAGCGAUCCGCAGACGGUGGCGGCGCGGCAGCGGAGAGAGAGGAUCAGUGAGAGGAUUAGGGUUUUGCAGAAGCUCGUCCCCGGCGGGAGCAAAAUGGACACGGCGUCGAUGCUGGAUGAGGCGGCGAAUUACCUGAAAUUCCUCCGAUCGCAGGUGAAAGCGCUCGAGGCGAUGGGGCAGAAGAAUCCGGUGGGGAAUAAUUUUCCGACGAGUGCGAAUUUCGGAUUCUCGCCGUUUAUUGGCUACUCGUUUGCCAUGCAGCAGCAGCCUCAGUUCUCAAUCCAUCAUAAUCCAAAUCAAUUCAAAAGUUGAGAAAAUAUUUUAAUUUUUUUUAUUGGUUUCCCCAAUUAAUUUUUCAUGAUGUAGGUUAUCAUGAUUAGAUCAUGAUGUAUGUGUUUGGGAAAAAAUGGGUUUUUAAUUAACUUGUAAAAGUUGAAGAAGAAUCAUAAUUAUGAAGCCAUCAUUAACUUUGCC